CCACAUUCCCACUGCGCUCUUCUACCUGUCCAGAAGACAAUCUGUGCGUAAAAGGUCUAAAACGACUCCAAAGCGGCUAGAAAGCCACCGGAAACAUUUACUCACUAGUUGUAUUUGUAAUAAUGGACUGAGACGUCUUUUGGUUGCCAGAUAAACGUCAAACACCAGGAGAAGGAUUCCAGAAGAGACAUUUGACAGCCCACCAAGGAAAUGGACUGGAAGACAUUCCAAGCCCUCCUCAGUGGGGUGAACAAGUAUUCCACAGCGUUCGGUCGGGUAUGGCUGUCAGUGGUGUUUGUGUUCAGGGUGAUGGUGUACGUGGUGGCGGCGGAGCGAGUGUGGGGUGAUGAACAGAAGGACUUUGACUGCAAUACAAAGCAGCCUGGCUGUGCAAAUGUCUGCUACGACUACUACUUCCCCAUCUCCCACAUCCGCCUGUGGGCGCUGCAGCUCAUCUUCGUCACCUGCCCAUCCUUCAUGGUGGUCAUGCAUGUGGCGUAUCGUGACGACCGUGAACGCAAGUACAGAGCCAAGUAUGGCAAGGAAGCCAAGUUGUACAACAACACGGGCAAGAAACACGGAGGUUUGUGGUGGACCUACCUGUUGAGCCUCUUUGUCAAAACAGCUAUCGAGGUUUCCUUCCUUUACAUCCUGCACCGCGUCUACGACAGCUUCUACCUGCCCCGGCUGGUGAAGUGUGACGUGUCACCUUGCCCCAACUUGGUGGACUGCUACAUCGGCCACCCCACAGAGAAGAAGGUCUUCACCUACUUCAUGGUUGGAGCCUCAGCCCUGUGCGUUGUCCUGAACAUUUGUGAGAUCAUCUAUCUCAUCUCCAAACGCAUUGUUCGAUGUGCAAACAAGAGCAAAAGGCGUAAUGCCAACAUGCGCAUAUAUGUUGAGGACUUCGAAGACGAGCUCUUCGGAAAUGGGGAUCUGACUAUGGGGCAGCUGGACCCGAAGGAAAAGCCACCAUCUUUCAACUCCGCACAAAAGUUUCCAUUAAAGCCGUCCCCGCUCAAACUUGAGGAAAAGAUACGGGCAUCAGCUCCGAACCUGUCAAGUACUUGAUUAUAAAAGCGGACACCAGGAUGAAGAUUGAGAGAUCUGCUGUGUCUGGGAUAGAACUUAAACAACAAACUUCAUAAAAGACAAAUCUACAGACCUACGGAGUCAAAUACUGGAAACUGUGUGUAUUUGUCUUGUAGGCCCCUAUGAUCACACCUUAUCCUAAGACUCUUCUUGAGGCCAUGAACUUUGAUUUCUAAGUCAUGUCCGCAAUAUUUACAAGUCAGCCGGACAGGGAUUGAUUUGUCAGUAACGUGUGGAUUAUUUUUUAAUAUAAUAAAAAGUUUGUUGCUUUUUAAGCUCAGCCCCGUUAUCAGAACAUUCCAGUUUCUCAUAGCACGGGAGGGGAACAUAGUGAAACACUGAAAACAAGUAGGCAGGUACUGAGGACACACCUGGCAGAGGUAGUCACCCUCCAUCAUGCUCACUAUUGCGCACUAUUGUUUCUCACCAAGGAUCAAACGCACAUUUCAUUGAUCUCUUAUUAAAUGUAAAUUUAAACCUUAUCAUCACAAUGCUGGUUCUUGGUUUAUUAACAGGGUCAAAAUUAUUAUGCACUGGAUGUGCCAAAGCGGGUAGGAUUAUGGGUGAUUAACACUUGAAGGUGCUGGUGGACCAAACGACAGAGAUGUUGGAGCUCAGCUCGUCUGAAUCGUUUCACAUAAGUUGACUGUCAGUAGACGAUAAAACGUGUUGUUCUGUUACACAAACAGCACAAAUGGAGAUCGUCCACCUUAUAACAUCAUUAAAAUAGUGUAGAACACCUUUGUUGUUCAGACACUUAGGCGUAUUAAGAUUUAAUCACUUAAUAAUACAGUAGGGUGGUCCACAAAAAUGGUCAAAAUUUUUUUUUCCAAAAACUUCAAGUCUCACCCUCUACAUUUGUUGUACCUAACAUAAAAACACAUCAUGUACAAUUUCAUAAAACUAAUAAUUUUUACUGGUAGCACAC